AAGUGCUGGCUCGCAUCUUGACCCCACGAACCCGGUGUCCUGCUGUCGCCUGGCUGAGCCGGUUUUGCCCAAAGAUGGCGACGCAGACUCAGGUCGCCGAGGUCACCGAUUGGGUGGCGCGGCAUGGCUUCGAGCGUGUGGCGCUCCAAUUCCCCGACGCCAUGCUGGCAGAUGCCGUGGGUUUCGUGAAGGCGGCGCGCGAGGCGCUGCCGCAGGUGCGGUUCUUCAUUCUCGGAGACUCCUCCUUCGGGGGAGGGGGCGUGGAUGAGGUGGGAGCCCUGCACUACGGCGCGGACUGCAUAGUGCGGUUCGGGCACGCCGACCAGCAGAGAGGCGGAAGUUUACCUGUGCUCUUUGUGCUUGGCAGCGGGGAGGGGAGCAGCUGCCAGCAAGAUGCUGAGAAGGUGGCUAGAGCACUUGACGGCUUGGGGAACUCAGAAGUGGCCCGCCUGGUGGUCAUCAGCGACCUCCAGUGCCAGCACCUUGCUGAGCCUCUUGCCAAGGUGCUGGCGCGUCGCUUCGAAGGUGAGCACAGAGCGUGGCAGGUGUUAGUGGCCAGACCGCGGAUGGAGGCCUUUUCUGGAGAUGUCCCAGCUUGGCACGACUGGCGCUGGGGGUGCCUAGACCUGACCUGCUCCUGGUGGGCCAACCUGGGAACCCUCACUCUGGCUGGGGCGGCGCGGCCUUUCCCAUUGCGGGCCUGCGGCCGCGAGGUUGCAGCGCUGGAGACGGCAAAUGUGGAGACGGGCUGCCAAAGAGCGCUGCUGUGGGGCCGAGAGCUACCGCCCCACAGUGUGGUGCUUUACGUGGGCGCCCAGGGCACCAGCCUGGAGAGAUGUAUCCUGCUGCGAUAUGGGGCCGACCUUCCGGUUUGGCGUCUGCAGCCAGGCACUGCGCCAGACGCGCAGCUCGAGCGGAUCUUCAGCCAUGGUCUUCUGCAGAGGCGGUAUCGCUUUGUGGAGCUGGCACGGGCGGCUGGCACCGUGGGGCUGCUGUUGGUGGCAGCUGGGGGGCCAACCGCCCUGGGCCGGGCCUUGGCCCAGCGCCUUGAGUUCCUGCUGGCCAAGGCCGGCCGGAAAUCCUACCGCCUGGUGGUGGGCCAGCCCACGCAGGAGAAGCUGGGCAACUUCCCGGAGAUCGAAUGCUACGUGCUCCUCUCCGGCCCAGAGCAGUUUCUGUGGGAGGUCCGGGACUUGAUGGUCCCAGUCUGCACGCCCUUCGAGCUGGAGGUCGCCCUGGGCGCGCGAGAGUGGACGGGGCAGUACAUCACGGACCUUGAGGAGCUGCUGCUUUCGGCGCCCGUGACGCAGAGCCUCCCAGACGGGGCCAGCACCGAAACUGUGGUGCAGACCCUGGGCGCCGCUCGGCUAAGGCACUUUGGCGCUGAAGCGCAGGCGCCGCAGCCGGCGCAGAUAACCCAAACCACGGCCCAGCUGCAGGCGCAGGCGCAGCGACCCGCGCCAGCUGAAAUUACUCCCGGCUUGCAUGGCGUGCCGUGGAAGUACAGCCAGGAGGAGUCCUUUGAACAUUGAGCGCGCA